UCUUAAGAAAGCUGUUCAUUGUUAUGAACAAAAAUUCUGCUAAUUUUUUUGUGAGAAGAAGGUUACCACUGUUGCUGCUGGGGUGCUGCUUGUGUGUUAUGGUAAUUACGGGUCGUUGUCGUUAAUAGUUGUUUUUGUAAUAGUAAAAGCCUAGCUGGGGCCGAGUUAAUGGGCCUUCUCCGAGACAGUGAAGGGUGGGAACCUCCCCAAACAGUGAGGAGAAGAGACCUGGGGGGGGAAUAUGCAAAAUAACUCCAGGACCAGCAUGCCAUGAGAAGCUACUGCUUCUAGCUUGUUAAAAAAGACCCCAAAACAACGAGCCAACUAAGAGUUGAGAGACUGGAGUGAUGUAUGGACGUCAGGAACGGAGUGCUGAGCCUGCAGAGAUGCUGAACACCUUCGUAGUCCCUCUCACCCUGAGCGCGGGAGUCGUCCCGACGCCGGGAGCGGACAGGGCAAAGCUGCGAACAACAACAUCUGAGCGGCCACCACACCCUAAAGGCUCCCACGAGGACCGCACCCCCGGCUCUGCCCCUCGUGGACAAAGCUGCGCAUACCCUCCUCCUCCUCCUCCUUGCCCUGGGAGACACGACAGGAGACUGCAGACCUGUCCGAGCUGCCCAAUCCCGAGCUGAUCACUUUUAAUGAAGGCAUUAAAAGGAGAAGAAGUCUCCUGCCCUGUUUGUUUCAUUCAUGACAUGGAUGAGUGUGUGUACCAGCAGGAAGCUGACCAUGCCUGACCACAGCUCACAACACUCUCCAGGAGGAGGCUUGCUUUUCUGUUGCCACACAAAAGAAAAAGAAUUAAUAGUAUGUUGUGGGAACUCAGCACAUCACUCCGGAUGUCCAGAGUUACCGAGACAACCCUUUGGGGGGCCUCAGAAAUCCUGGAAUGUUGCCAGAAGCCCCUGGUGGUUGGAUUUUUACCCUGAAAGGAAUGUGCCACCUGUUGUUUGAGGACAAGAGAGUCACUUGGGCUCUCUUGUCCUCAAUGGUGUAAGAAUUAAGUAUUUACAGGGUGGAAAUAUAGAUUUUAGGAUUUUGGUACAGGAGGGUUGAGAGACAAGAUGGAGGGAUCAGGGCGUGUCUUGUCCUUCUUCUUGUCCUCCAUUUUCUGUGGUGAUGUUGGCACUUUGGGAUUGGUUUGUCUUGCAUGUGCACUUGGCAUUAUGGGUGAAAGAUAUUGGGAAAGAAAGGUAUACAUAUGUACGUAGUUUUUAGUAUAAAAAUAGAGUACCGCCCAGUGGGAGGUGAGAGUGCCCUUGGCUGCCUUGCUGGACAGACCUCUGUCGGGUCAAAAAAAAUUUUCAGGAUAAGGAAAAAUAAGCAACAUCAAGAACGUUAAAUCUGAAGACUCCCGACUUGUCCUUCGAAGCGUGGGCAGUUCCAAGGCCACUCUACAUCAGACUGUACAGAGAAGAACAGCCGAAGCAGUCGAUCGUUUUUAAAGAAUCUGUGGUUGUAAACCCACCCUCAGGACGGGUAUCUAAACUCAAGCGUAACCACCAGACUAAAGAAGAAAAAUACAGGAAAGCCUUGCCAGAAUCAAGGAGCAUGUCACAAAAUAUAAGUAACCAGCCUUUGCAGCUUAAACCAGAGCUGCCAAAGGCAAGUGGCAUGCAUGCUUGGCCUUUUCCAAGGAGUCCUGCAACUACCGAUGAGCGCAGGAAACAGCUGGAGGAGUGGUUGGCAGCCAAAGGCAGGAUAUACAAGCGGCCGCCGAUGAGGUUGCUUAUGAAGCAGGCGGUCAUACCAUCCUGCAGAAAGGUCAAGCCAACCGAGUGCCUGAAGCUCAUUGAGGAGCCAGCUAAAGAUCUCGGAGAAGUGGCUCUCAAUAUUUUGAAGGAUGCAGGACCGAAACUGGAAGGAGCAAAGGAAGAAGAAGCCACUCCUCGGGAGCCUACAACACCUUGUCCCGCUGAGAGGCAUCCUAUAGCGUCAACUCCAGGCCUGGUGGGGAGGCACAUGACCUCCCUCCCCCCCUCAGUCAAACUACAGGUGACGUCAGCAUCCAGAGGAAGGGAAUUCCGGGAACACCCAGAAUUUAAAUUCCUAACCCCUGUGCGGCGUUCCCUGAGGAUUGAGUGGGCUCGGAGUCGCUAUCCAGAGAUGCUACACGACCAUGACCCUGUGGUGUCAUCUCUCAGUGAAAUCCUGGCUGCUGAGGAGGAGACUCUCUUCUUCUUCCGGAAAAACAAGGCUUUGCCAGAAGUGACAGAGUUGGAGGGCUUGAGUUCAUAUCCACCCAUGAGCCCCCGAGGGUUGGGCAUGAAAUAACCAUACAAAUUUUGUUUUAAAAAUAUAAUAACUAUAUACAUUUUGUUUUAUAAAUGUGUUAAAAUAAUAAAUGUUUUAAAUUUUGUUUUAAAAUGUUUUACAUAACAAAUGCAUAUUUAUUUUUGAAAUAAAUUAAAUAAAUUUAUUUUAUUUUUAUUUUAAAUUAA